AGGUUGGAACCGGAUUGAAAACUUUGAAUUUAUCACAUCAAAAUUCGAGUUUAUCACACCUGAUUUCGAUUUUAUCACAUCAAUUAUUAAUAAUCAAUAUGAUAAUAUCGAAUUCAGGUGUGAUAAACUCGAAUUUUGA